AUGACAAGUAAAAUAAAAUCAAGUAAUACACUUUUAACAUUUGAUGCAAAUGAAGUGACCAAUAUUAAAUUAGUUUGGGAUAUUGAAGAAUUAAAGAAUAAGGAUAAAGAAGAUAAAGCACAUAUAAAAGAUGAAGAAGAAGAUGAAGAUGGACCAGUAUCAUUUCAUCCAUCAUUUUCUCAUCAAAUAUUUAAUGAUGAACAAGUUCAAGGAUAUGAAGCUUGUAAAAUUGAUAUUUAUAUGGGAGCAGGUUCAUUAACAUCAUAUAUUGAUACAAAUUAUACUUUACAAUCUAAAAAUUUAACAAAUGUUGAAGGUGAAUUAUUAAAAGUUUUUUCAAAACAAGACCCACCAAUUUCAAAACAAUCAUUUUAUAAAUUCAUUGAAGAAAAAGAAAAAUCAUUUAAACCAAUUGGUAAAAAGAUACAUGAAUAUACAAUUACAGAUAAAGAGAGUGGUGAAGAAACAGAGUAUGAAGUUUAUUUUGGCAGAAUAACAGAUCAAGCAGUAUUUAGAUACCAUGAGAAACUUCAAAUAUUUGUAUUAUGGUAUAUCGAUGGUUCUUCCUAUAUUUGGACAGAUGAUCCAAAUUGGGAUAUAUUUUUCAUUUUUGAAAAGAGAAUUAUAGAUGGUGAAAAGAGAUAUGGCAUUACAGGUUAUUCAACAAUUUAUAAUUUUUAUCAUCAUCCAGAACAAACUAGAGCUAGAAUUAGUCAAUAUUUAAUUUUACCACCAUACCAAAGAAUGGGUCAUGGUAAAUAUUUAUUUAAUUCAAUCCAUCAAUAUUAUAAAACCAAUGAUGGAUUCUACGGACCAGUUUACGAUGUCACCAUUGAAGAUCCAGCAGAUGAUUUUAAUUUAUUAAGAAACUAUGUCGAUUUAAAGAAUAUUAUCGAUGAGAAAUUAUUUGAUAAUGUUAUACUAGAUUUAAAUGCAAAUAAUAAAUCAGUAUUUGAAGAAAUUAGAAAGAAAUUAUUAGUUCCCCAUAAACAGUCAAAAGUUUGUUUAGAAAUUUAUUUAUUUAGUAAAUUUUUAGCAACACCAAAUUCAAAUCCAAAAUAUAAAGAAUUUAGAAUUGCAAUUAAAAAGAGACUUUAUAAACAAAAUAUUGGUGAUUCUGAACAAAUUGAAAAAAUGAAACAACAAGUUGCGCAAGAGAAUGAAGAUAAUUUACGUCUUGAACAAGAGGAGUUACAGGAGUUACAAGAUAUUGAAAAUAAAAAAAAUGGUACAAAUAUUAAAGUCGCAAUCAAUACUAAAGAAUUAACAACACCUUCUGAACCUGAAAAAAGUAAAGAAGAAAUUGAAAAAGAUAGAUUAGAAGAAAUUAUUCAACUUUAUAAAGACUUGGAAGAAAAUUAUCAUAAAACUUUAUCAUCUUUAAAUUUAAUUACAAAAUAA